AUGGCCUCUCUAACGCACGUCUCACCAUCCCAACUCAUUUCCAAGGGCGGUGAAUUUGGGGUUGUGAGAAAUCCUCAUGUGGCUCGCUUUGUGCGGCUCCCGCUCUCCCUGCAGAAGGCGCGGAGGAUGACGGCGGUGGUCUCAGCCGUCACGGCCGGGGAGAAGGCCAAGAAGAGGUAUCCCGGCGAGGGUAAAGGUUUUGUGGAGGAGAUGAGGUUUGUGGCCAUGAAACUCCACACGAAGGACCAGGCAAAGGAAGGGGAGAAGGAGCCUCAGGGCAAGCCGGUCGCUAAGUGGGAGCCUUCUGUUGAAGGCUACUUGAAGUUCUUGGUUGAUAGCAAAUUGGUUUAUGAUACUCUUGAGAGGAUUGUUGAUACGGCUGCCUUCCCCGAAUAUGCUGAAUUUAGGAACACGGGGCUAGAGAGAUCGGAAAGUCUUGCAAAAGAUCUUGAAUGGUUUAAGCAGCAGGGACAUACGGUUCCAGAACCGUCUUCUCCCGGAAUUAAAUACAGUCAGUACCUCGAGGAGCUGUCUCAGAAAGAUCCUCAAUCGUUCAUAUGCCAUUUCUACAAUACGUAUUUUGCCCACACGGCUGGUGGCAGGAUGAUAGGGAGAAAGGUUGCCGAGACGAUCCUUGACGGCAAGGAAUUGGAGUUCUACAAGUGGGACAGUGAUGUGUCUCAACUAUUGCAGAAUGUUCGGGACAAACUCAAUAUUGUUGCUGAAAGCUGGACUAGAGAGGAGAAGAAUCGUUGCCUUGAAGAAACUGAGAAAUCAUUCGAGUUUUCGGGUCAUAUUCUCCGUCUCAUAUUGUCCUGA